AUGUCACAAUCCAACGAUGGACCACGCCUCACCCUGGACAGGCUAUUCGUCAGACCACCCAUCAAAACCAACAGCAUCCGCAACUUCCCUCCAAAAAUCAUCAAAUCCGACGCCGCAGCAACACGAAUCAUUGUCCACCCCAACUUCCCAACUCUCGCCUCGAACUUCCUCAAGCACGAACUCCAACACGGCUCCUCUCACGAACAAUCCCUCUACAAAGACCUCACAUGGCGCACUCUCACCUCCCGCCUCAUCGAGAAGCGCCCUCUCGCCUUCUUGGGUCGGUCGGACCAGUGCACCACCCUCCGGGACGGCCGCCGACUCAACAACGGGAAACAACAAUGGGAUCGAAACGGGACCGAAGAACAGCAUCUCAACGAGGUCUUGAUGUUGAAAAAUUACCUGAGCUACGACGAGAUUAUGCUAGGCAGCUUGAUCGGUGUGAGUGGUCCUAGCUACUUCAUCAACUCCGGCUCAAGAAAUCAUUGUGGUCGUCCUGACCAGGAGCCUUUCUUCGAGCAAAGGGGUGUGAUUAUGGGUCUGGUUGGCGCGAGGUUCGAGAGGGACGAUCGUAUGGAUUGUGUUUUCAUCCUUCCGCCGGUGGAGGAGCCGAGGAUGCAUCCGGAGCUUACGGAGAUUUUCGUGAACUUCUCUGAAGGGAAGAGGGAUGAAGCGAAAGAGUUUGAUGAGGUGAUGUACUCAGCAAGGAUUCGCAUUACGGCGGAGGUUCUUCUGCUGGAGGCAAACGCUCGCGCGGCGGAGCAGGGGACAAAGGCGUAUGUGUAUGUCGUCGGUCUGGGCCUCGGAGUCUGGCAACAUUCCUCUGCACAGAAUGACCUCUACGUCCGGACCUGCGCGGCUGCCAUCUCCGCUUUACCUCUCCCGAGCAUCGCGACGAUCGAGUUCGGAUGGGUCUCCUGCUCCCCAGCCAGCCAGUCCGCAGCGAUCAAAGCAGGAAAUCCAAAGGGUAUCGAAUUACUUUUUAGCAGAAGAGAUCCAGCGUCGAAGCGGGCGGGAAGGUAUCAAGAUCAUUUGCUUGUGUUGAGUUAUGCGUGGGAUGGCAAUGCGUUUCCGGGGAAUGAGUAUUGGCAGGGGAGUUUGGCGGGGAGUGGUGAUCCGGCGGCGGCGUGUAUGAGUACGAUUGGCGAGUUGCAUAAUCCGAUGGUUAAUGAGGGGUUGUUGGGGAGGGCUUGUGUGGUUGGGGAGGGACAGAGGGAGGAUGGCGAGGGAAAGUGA